AUGCCUGUCUUCCGUAACUCCACUUCCCCUGCUUUCCUCCUGAUGGGAAUCCCUGGACUUGAAUGGGCUCAUGCCUGGAUCUCCAUUCCCUUCUGCUGCCUCUAUCUAACUGCCCUCUCUGGGAAUACCCUGAUCCUCUUUGUAGUCUUCACUGAACCAAGCCUCCAGGAGCCCAUGUACUAUUUCCUCUCCAUGUUGUCCACCACCGACAUUGGCUUAUGCAUCUCUACAUUGGUGACAGUGCUGGGAAUAUUCUGGCUCAAUGCCCAGGAGAUCAGCUUCAAUGCUUGCUUAUCACAGAUGUUCUUCAUCCACCUCUUCACUUUCAUGGAAUCUUCAGUGCUGUUGGCCAUGGCCUUUGACCGUUUUGUGGCCAUUUCUAACCCCUUGAGAUACUCUACCAUCCUAACUCAUGCCAGGGUCGCACAGAUUGGUAUAGCAGUCAUUACCAGGGCGACUGUGAUUCUGAUGCCACUAGUCCUGCUUCUUAAGCAUCUGUCCUUCUGCCACAGUCAUGCGCUGCACCACUCCUACUGCUUCCACCCUGAUGUGAUGAAGCUCUCAUGUUCAGACACAAAGAUCAAUAGUGUAUUUGGAUUAACUGCAAUUAUCUCUACUGCUGGAGUGGAUUCCAUCUUUAUCCUGCUCUCCUAUAUUCUAAUUGUUCACUCAGUUCUCAGCAUUGCAUCCCCAGAGGAGAGGAAAAAGGCCUUCAGUACCUGCAUUUCGCAUAUCACUGCUGUGGCUAUAUUCUACAUCCCUUUGAUCAGCCUGUCAUUUGUUCACAGAUUUGGAAAACAUGCUCCACCCUAUGUGCCCACCCUCAUUGCUAAUAUAUAUUUGCUGAUUCCCCCAGUGAUGAACCCUAUCAUCUACAGUGUGAAAACAAAGCAGAUUCAAAAAGCAUUUCUUAAACUUGUAUGUCCCAGGGCCCCUCGUAUUCAAUAA